GGUUGCUUGUAAACAAACGAUUUAAUUUCUGUCUUGCAGUUUUAUUAUUAAAAGCCACAAAGAAUGCUGCCAUUGCGACGCAGCUGGAGCCUGGCUAGGUUCAACUACAGUACCAAGGCCAGGAAGGAGAUGGUGGCCCGCUACAGCGCCGAGUUCCCAGCGAAACUUAUCAGCCGGAAACAUAAAGCACCCGCUCACAUGUAUUUGGCGAAUGCUGAAGCUGCCAAAAGAAUUGGGAAGUACUUGGAGCCGCAUUUGCAGGCCUCCGGCUGCGAUACUGUCAUGGAACUGAAUCCGGGAGCGGGACACUUUACCCGUCACCUGUUGGACAAGGAAUCACAGUUCCGGCGUAUCUUGCUGCUCGAAAGCAUGGAUCACUUCAUGCCCCGCCUGCAAGAGCUCCAUGCUCUCUAUCCCGAGCGCGUGAAGGUGCGCCAGGCUGACUUUGUCAACCUGUGGAAGCUGGUCUACAUGGACAAGAUGGAUGGCGGCACCAGGGUAUCAGAUCUCCUAAACGAUGUUCCUCAACGGGCCUUUAAUGAUGAUAACAAUAUGCUGGUGUUUGGCGCCGUGGGCUCUUAUGCCUUCUUUAAACACCUAAUCAACUCGCUCAUAUUUCAGACCAGUCUUUUUAAUCUGGGACGCUGCGAAAUGAUCCUCGCCAUUCCGCCGCCCAUCUACAUACACCUGACCUGCACUAACGAGAUUGGCUACCUCAUCUACCGCUCCACCAGCGUGCUGUUCCAGAUUCUAUUUGAGCACCAGUUCAUCGCCAAAGUGCCUCGAGAGGAUUUUCUGCCCAUGCAGACCGAUUACAACCCCAGCAAGGGCAGCAAGCUGGUCAAGGUGCGGUCCAUCAAUCCGGAGUACCUGUAUCUGGUAAAAUUUGCACCGCGCCGUAAUCUCCACGAGCUGUGUGCAGUUCAGGAUCUACCCGCCCUCUGGUUCUUCAUCAAGCAGAACUUUGUAAGCCGCCGCAAUCGGAUCAUCCCCAAUUUAGAGAAGUGGGUGCCCGGCUGUGGACCGCGCCUCAUCAUUAACCCACAAGCUCCUGAGCCCGUAAAGCCCACCUAUCCGGACGAGCGGCCGCACAACCUGCCGCAGUACUCCAGCCGAAGCACCACAAUGAGCUUAAAAAACUACUACCCAGCCAUCAAUAUUUACACCCAAUUCGGCGAUCUUCUGCCCAGCCAAAUGCUGACACUGUUUAACCAGUUCCGACAGUGGCCAGAGUAUGGUGAGAGUUCGUUCCUGGCCUCGCUGGAAAAUGCACUGCUCAAGCUGGAGACUGCCAACGAUGAACAGAACUUGGAGGACGGCGCCACGUUGCCCGAGGAGGAUGACGCCGAUGCUGACGAGCUGCUCGAAGAAGAAAGCACCGAAGCCACCGUCUCGAAAACGGCCAAGAGCCGGAGGAAAUCUAGCUCCUAGUCAAUAACUAUUAUUGUUGCUU